UUGCCCAGCCACAAAUACGAGGCCAGAUCAUAAACACAACACGGGAACAGGGAGUCGGGGUUGUGGAGAGGUUGGGGGACACCUCGGCGGAGAGAAGCAACAUAAGCAGGGUAACCCAACGGCGUUUCACAGGAACACUAAAGCACACAAUGGCAGCGGGUCGUGGGACAGGCACAAGCGUGAGUCACCCCGGAGAAUUAUCGCUUUUACACCUCCUUCUCCUACCCCUAAACCUGAACCUCUUUUUGGUGGCCGCAACAGCUGUAGUAGUCGCCUAAACCGACAGAGAGAGGCGGACAUCUUCAAAUUGAAAAAAAAUCCGGAGUGAUGGGACUACAUCCAGAAGAGAGUCGCUGCGAAUCGACACCACACGCAUUGCCCCAACCUUUAGCCUGCAUAUGCAACAACACGCCUUAGCAGCAUUUACAAGCCUCAAUAUUCCCGAGGGAUCCACUGCAGCACGGUCGUUCGCUUGUGUGCGGCACUAGACUAGUCUACUGCUGAACCAAGAGGACCAGAGGCAUGAGAUUUCAUGCCGCAGCGUGCCAUCUCACCUCGAAAUCACGAACUUGGGU